ACAGAUAGUAAUGUUUGCGGUCGAACAAAGUACAAUACACCACGAUAAAUUAUUUGAACGCCUAUAAAAGUGUAACUGGCCAGUCAAUACCGACAAUUCAUUAACGAGUGUCAGUUGACUUCCAAUUUCGAAAAAUCGUGUUCGUUUUUCCGGAAAAUGCCGAGUGAUUACGAGUCGGAUCCGGCUGUAAGCAAUUUACGGAAUUACCUGAGGAUCCGUAGCGUACAGCCGAACGUUAAUUACGAUGAAUGCCUUACAUACUUACGAGGCCAGGCCGCAGAACUGGGCCUGCCCGUCCAGGUGUUUGAGCCUAGGCCUCGGAAGCCGAUCCUCGUGAUGACCUGGGAGGGUCUGGAGCCUGCCUUGCCAAGCGUCCUGCUUAACUCGCAUAUGGACGUUGUGCCAGUGUUUGAGAAAAGCUGGACAUUCCCGCCUUUCGAAGCUCAUUUGGAAAAUGGCGUGAUCUACGGCCGAGGGGCUCAGGACAUGAAGUCUGUGGCCAUUCAGUACAUAGAGGCUGUGAGGAGACUGAAGGCGGAGGGCAUUCGCUUGAAGAGGACUCUACAUCUCUCCUUCGUUCCAGAUGAGGAAAUAGGUGGAGGUCCCGGUAUGAGUCAAUUUGUGAAAACGGAAGACUUCAAGAAGUUGAACAUCGGCUUCGCAUUAGACGAGGGCAUUGCCAGCGCGACUGACGAAUACCUCAUCUUUAAUGCUGAGAGGAAUAUUUGGCAUAUGACCGUGGUCUGUCCCGGCAAGUCGGGUCAUGGAUCCCUGCUGUUACCUGAUAACUGUGGCGAAAAGAUAAGAUACAUAAUAGACAAAUUGAUGGACCUUCGUCUAGAAUCAAAGAAGAAAUUAGCUGACAACCCUGAACUGACGAUUGGUGACGUCACCAGCGUAAACCUGACGAAACUCUCGGGUGGUAUCCAAAGCAAUGUGGUCCCGGAGAAGUUGACCGCCACUUUCGACAUCCGCAUCGCUUUGAGUGUGGACCUCAAAGAGUUUGAGAGCACGAUACGGCGUUGGUGUGUGGAAGCAGGGCAGGGAGUGACAAUAGAGUUUGAGCAGAAGGAUCCGUACGUCCCACCGACUAAGCUAGACGAUACUAACCCUUACUGGCUCGCUUUUAAGGGUGCUGCUGAUCAACUGAAAAUAAAAUUAAAGCAAGCCACAUUCACGGGGGGUACUGACAGCCGCUUCCUCCGAGAGUUGGGCAUCCCGGCAAUAGGCUUCUCUCCUAUGUCUUGCACCACGCCCGCUCUCCAUGAACACAACGAGAGCAUUAGCGCAAGAACCUUCCUACACGGCAUAGGACUCUACGAGACUAUUAUACCGGCUGUGGCUAAUGUUUAAGGCGAACUUAUUCGAAUGUUCAUAAAUAUAAUGAUGAGAUAUAUUGAAAAAA